UGCAGUCGAGAAGAGUCGGAGAAGUUCGGGAGAGUUCUCCGCGUCUCCCCGCAUUCAGAGCUUCCAGAGCCGGGCAGCAGGCACACAGCGAGCCGGGGCAGCACACCGAGUGAUGUACACACUGACAGCUUUCACUCAGGGUACAGACAGCUUACAGAGCCGGUAGUCGUCUGGGUGAAGAAGAAGAAGAGGAAGCAAAUAUCCGUUCAGGAGGAGACAUGCCUCAGAAACACAAGUCCCGGUCCUGGUCCGAGCUGAAACAAGCCGGUAACGAAUGUUUCAAGACGGGUCAGUAUGGAGACGCCACCAACUUCUAUAACCAGGCCAUCAAGGAGCUGGAAAAAUCCAAUAAGAAGAACCCGGAGGAUUUGGCCAUCCUGUACUCGAACCGCGCAGCCAGCUACCUGAAGGACGGAAACUGUGGGGAAUGUAUAAAAGACUGCAACGUCUCCCUGGAGUUGUCCCCCUUCAAUGUGAAGUCUCUGCUGCGUCGCGCUGCAGCGUACGAAGCUCUGGAGCGCUACAGGCUGGCGUACAUCGACUACAAAACAGCCCUGCAGAUCGACUGCAACAUCACAGCCGCACAGGACGGCACCAACAGGAUGACGAAGGCGCUGACAGAAGCAGACGGCCCGUCGUGGAGAGAAAAGCUUCCUCCCAUCCCCACAGUGCCUCUGUCCGUCAAGGAGAAGCUUUCCCAGACUGCGGCCGGCGCCGCGCAGCCCAAGCCCACAGAGCAGCAGAACGGCACCACGAAGCCAAACAAACCAGCUCCCAGUGAAAAAGACGUAAAGAAAGCCCAAGCCCUGAAAGAGGAAGGAAACGCGCUGGUGAAGAAAGGCGAGCACAAGAAGGCCAUCGAGAAGUACAGCCAGAGCCUGAAGCACAACCCCACAGAGGUCACGACCUACACCAACCGGGCGCUGUGCUACCUGUCGGUGAAGCAGUACAGAGACGCCGUCAGAGACUGCGACAAGGCUCUGACGAUGGACGGCCGGAACGUGAAGGCCCUCUACAGGAGAGCUCAGGCUCACCGCGAGCUCCAGAACCUCCGAGCCUGCGUGGACGACCUGAACAGCCUCCUGAAGGAGGAACCAAAGAACGGCGCCGCCCUCAAGCUGCUGCAGGAGGUGCAGAAGAAGUAGAGGGGGGUUCCACCGACUCCACCCGGUCUGUGCCCCAGAAGCUCCUGCACACAGACACACACACACACACACACACACACACACACACACACUCUGCUUCCCCUGGUCAGUACCGAGUGUGUGUACAGGAACAUUUUGACCACAUUCGAUUUGUCAAAUUGCAAAUCAGUCGGUAUUUAUGGUUAUUUAUAUGAAAAAAACUGACGCAGUCUUUAUAUUUACAGCGAGGUGAAACCUUCACAUCCUUAAUUUGGUGUGUGUGUGUGUGUGUGUGAGAAAUGGAAGCAGGCGUGACAGAUUUAGUUGUAACAGCAAGCGGAAAAUUUCCAAACUUUGAUUUGAUACUGGAACGAUUGUCUCGUCUCAAACUUUGGUGAAGGUUUUAUUCAGUUUGUGACAAUUUCUACAUGUUUUCCUCUCAGGUAGUCAACUUAUUAAUAUUCUCCUUCUGAGGUUUGGGAACAUGGAAAAGAUACGGGGACAGAAACAAACGCUGGAAUUAGCCAGACACACGUUGAGCUGUGAGGACUUUGGGUUUGUGUUUGAAGUGAGCGGUGGAGCGACGCCACAGACCUGAGGUCUCACCCGGAACAGUGUCCACCGGCUUCCGGCUUCACUGCCAGCAAGCGGGGCUCCGCGGCUCGAUGCUACAGAGUUCACUUUUGAAGCAUCCGCUCGCGAAAAAAAAUGAAAAAUGUGUCUUGUUGAUUUCGGGAAAAAAGUUUUUGUCCUUUUGUGAGCGAAGCUGUGAAGGUUUUAUGCUGAACGGAAGGUUUUCCUCAUUCCGGGGCCAGUCUGAGCUGAACCUUGAACCCUGAUGGUUGACUUCUCCUCAGCGACGGUUUUCCCUGCUCAGCUGGUCGUCUGAUCGUCAGGAGGCGUCGUCUAAACCUUCAGUACCGUCAUUAUUAACCUGCCGCCGCUCCCCAUCCUGCCUGACGCGCCCGCCGCGUCUCCGGUCUGACUUCCUGCCGGCGAGCGAUCAGACUUGGCGUGCUCCUUCAUUCACGCUUGCCCAGCUGACCUUUGGCCUGGGCGUCCACACCGAGACUGCAUGGGAAACCAAUAUAUAUGUUUGUUUGUACUCCGAUUAAUCACAGUCCUGUUGGAUUUUAUUUGUUACAUUUUGUCACCUGCUUCUGUUUUAACUGCAAAUAAAAGUGAGACAUCUGCCUGA